UAAGGAAUAUAUUUGUUUUGAGUAUAAUGGAAGGUUUAGUUUUGAAGAAUCUUUGAAAGAUGAACAAAAUGGUGCAAAAACAGAAUAUCAAGAUAAUAUUGUUGAGUUUUUUUGGGUUUGUUUGUAA